GCGUAGUCUCGGCCUGGGCCCCGCCCCCAUCCAGGCUCGGCGCUUGCGCAGUGUAGUGGCUCUGGUGAGGUGAGGGGAGGGCAGGGGAGGGGGAGUGACGAUCGCCGUGACCACCCCUCCCUCCCCGGUCGCUGCUGUCGGGUCUCGGAGCCGCUUCCCCGGACCGUGACGAAGCGAGAGUGGAGGCGGCGCUGCCCGAUUUGUUUGUAAAUGCAUCACAAAGAGGCAGCCCAUAAUGAAGAAAGCAAGCAGGUCUGUUGGCUCAGCGCCCAAAGUGUCCGGGAUAAAUAAAACUCAAACAAUAGAAAAAAUCAAACCAGAAAACGGCUCCUCAGUGUCUGCAGUAACAAAACUCUCAAAAACUGGAACAUCAACAUCCUUGUUGAAGACAAAAAGUAAUGAUGACCUUUUAGCGGGAAUGGCUGGUGGUGGGGUGACUAUGACCAAUGGUGUGAAGGCAAAGAAGAGCACCUGCACAUCCACAGCAUCUUCAGCUUCAGGGACCACCAUGAACAACCUGGAGAAUAAACCCAAGACUAUUACAGGUACGAGUUCCACAGCCAAGCGUAGCACUUCAUCUGGAAAUAAAGAAUCUAGCUCUUCUAGGGAAAGAAUACGUGAUCGUUCCCGUCUGAACCAAAGCAAAAAACUGCCUUUGACAGGACAGGGGACUAAUGAUACCAUUCUGGCAAAACGUUCCCGUAGUCGUACUAAUCCAGAGUCUGAUGUUCGGAUGAGUAAAUCCAAAUCGGACAAUCAAAUCAGUGACAAAGCUGCUUUGGAAGCUAAAGUGAAAGAUCUUCUGACUUUAGCAAAAACUAAAGAUGUGGAGAUUUUACACUUGAGGAAUGAACUCAGAGAUAUGCGUGCUCAGCUGGGCCUUAAUGAAGAUCAGCAUGAGGGUGAUGAGAAGUCUGAGGAAAAAGAGGCCAUUGUUGUUCACCAACCAACUGAUGUAGAGUCUACAUUAUUAGUGUUACAAGAGCAAAACACUGCCAUCCGAGAAGAGCUCAACCAAUUGAAGAAUGAGAAUCGAAUGUUGAAGGACAGAUUAAACGCAUUGGGCUUUUCUUUGGAACAAAGGCUAGACAACUCUGAGAAACUCUUUGGCUAUCAAUCUUUGAGCCCAGAGAUCACAACUGGUAACCACAGUGAUGGUGGUGGCACUCUUACAUCUUCAGUGGAAGGUUCUGCUCCUGGUUCAAUGGAAGAUUUGUUGAGUCAGGACGAAAACACCUUAAUGGACAAUCAGCAUAGUAACUCCAUGGAUAAUUUAGACAGUGAGUGCAGUGAAGUUUAUCAGCCACUUACAUCAAGUGAUGAUGCCUUAGAUGCUCCAUCGUCUUCAGAGUCUGAAGGAGUACCAAGCAUAGAAAGAUCUAGGAAAGGAAGCAGUGGCAAUGCAAGUGAAGUUUCUGUAGCUUGUCUGACAGAACGGAUACACCAGAUGGAAGAGAACCAGCAUAGUACAGCUGAGGAGCUUCAAGCAACACUUCAGGAACUUGCAGAUUUACAACAAAUAACUCAAGAGCUGAACAGUGAGAAUGAAAGACUUGGAGAAGAAAAAGUAAUUCUUAUGGAAUCCUUGUGCCAGCAGAGUGACAAGUUAGAACACUUCAGCCGACAGAUUGAAUAUUUUCGCUCCCUUUUAGAUGAACAUCACAUCUCGUAUGUUAUUGAUGAAGAUAUGAAAAGUGGGAGGUAUAUGGAGUUAGAGCAACGGUAUAUGGACCUUGCUGAGAAUGCUCGUUUUGAACGAGAGCAACUGCUGGGUGUCCAGCAGCAUCUGAGCAACACUUUGAAGAUGGCAGAGCAAGAUAACAAGGAGGCCCAAGAAAUUAUAGGGGCACUAAAAGAACGGAACCACCACAUGGAACGAAUUAUUGAGUCAGAGCAGAAAAGUAAGGCAGCAUUAGCAGCCACCUUAGAGGAGUACAAAGCCACAGUAGCCAGUGACCAGAUUGAGAUGAACAGGCUAAAGGCUCAGCUGGAGCAUGAAAAGCAAAAAGUGGCUGAACUGUACUCUAUACACAACUCUGGAGAUAAAUCAGAUAUACAAGAUUUGCUGGAGAGUGUCAGACUGGACAAGGAAAAAGCAGAGACUUUGGCCAGCAGUCUGCAGGAAGAGCUGGCUCUCACUCGCAAUGAUGCUAAUCGAUUGCAGGAUGCCAUUGCUAAGGUUGAAGAUGAAUACAGAGUCUUCCAAGAAGAAGCCAAGAAGCAAAUUGAGGAUCUCAAUAUGACUCUAGAAAAGCUUCGGGCAGAGCUAGAAGAAAAAGAGACUGAAAGAAGUGACAUGAAAGAAACAAUCUUCGAGUUGGAAGAUGAAGUAGAGCAGCAUCGAGCUGUGAAACUUCAUGACAACCUCAUCAUAUCUGACUUAGAGAAUACAGUUAAAAAACUUCAGGACCAAAAGCAUGACAUGGAAAGAGAAAUAAAGACUCUUCACAGGAGGCUACGGGAGGAGUCCGCAGAAUGGCGUCAGUUCCAAGCUGAUCUACAGACUGCCGUAGUCAUAGCAAAUGAUAUCAAAUCUGAGGCCCAGGAGGAGAUAGGGGACCUAAAACGUAGACUGCAUGAGUCUCAGGAGAAAAAUGAAAAGCUCACUAAAGAGCUGGAAGAAAUAAAGUCACGCAAGCAGGAAGAGGAACGUGGCCGGGUAUACAAUUACAUGAAUGCUGUAGAGAGGGAUUUGGCAGCUCUGAGACAAGGAAUGGGGCUAAGUCGCAGGUCAUCCACUUCCUCGGAGCCAACUCCCACCGUAAAAACACUAAUCAAAUCCUUCGACAGUGCCUCACAAGUUCCAAGCCCUGCCACAGCCACAAUUCCUCGCACUCCUCUCAGUCCAAGCCCCAUGAAAACACCCCCAGCAGCUGCAGUGUCUCCUAUGCAGAGGCAUUCUAUAAGUGGACCAAUAUCAACCUCCAAACCCCUUACACCUUUGUCAGACAAAAGACCAAGCUAUGCAGAAAUCCCUGUUCAAGAACAUUUGUUGAGAACUUCCUCUACCAGCAGACCAGCCUCAUUGCCAAGAGUACCUGCCAUGGAAAGUGCCAAAUCUAUUUCAGUGUCUAGACGAAGUAGUGAAGAAAUCAAACGGGACAUUAGUGCACCUGACGGAGCAUCUCCAGCCUCUCUCAUGGCAAUGGGAACCACCUCACCACAACUCUCUCUCUCCUCCUCUCCUACAGCGUCUGUCACCCCUACAACACGAAAUCGAAUAAGGGAAGAAAGGAAAGACCCUUUAUCUGCUCUUGCAAGGGAAUAUGGAGGUUCCAAAAGAAAUGCCUUGCUGAAGUGGUGUCAGAAGAAAACCGAAGGAUAUCAGAAUAUUGACAUCACAAACUUCAGCAGCAGUUGGAAUGAUGGGUUGGCCUUCUGUGCAGUCCUCCAUACUUACCUCCCAGCUCACAUUCCGUACCAAGAACUGAACAGCCAGGACAAGAGAAGAAACUUCACUCUGGCCUUUCAGGCAGCUGAAAGUGUUGGCAUCAAAUCUACUCUGGACAUCAAUGAAAUGGUGCGAACUGAGCGUCCAGACUGGCAGAAUGUCAUGCUGUAUGUUACUGCAAUUUACAAAUACUUUGAAACCUGAAACCUUGUUAAUAUAAAAGAUUUGCAGACUGGAAUCAUCACUAGCUGCCAGAUAGAAACGCUAAUCCCAGAUUCAUUGAAAUCUGGCAACAUGCAUGUUCCUCAACCUUCAGUCAUGGAUUGUCUCAAACUACUUCAGCCAACAAACCUUGGAACACAGGUUAGAAGCAAGAACUUUUGACCAGUGUGCUAGGCAUAUCCCAUGGUAUUGAGUUAUCCAAAUUUAUUACGUAGCCUAAUAAGACUGGCCUUCUAGGAACUGCCUUCACAUCCAGACUUCCUGAAGUUUUCGUAUUUCCUUGAGAGACUGAGGUGUUUAACGCUGUAGCAUAUACAAAAUUGAAUGUACAGCUAAAACUAUGAGAAGGAAAAGGAUGAAACAGCACCAAAAUUAAUUUUCUCUACUAUCAGAAACCACAGAGUCUGGGUGAAUAUUCUACCCAUAUAUACACUACACCCCAAUACAGUAAAAAUCUUAAUAGUUACUGAAAUUACUGCCUUAAUUAUUUUUCCUCCUCUCUAAUGUGCACAAUAUUCAAGGGAAAGGAGCUUUUAUUCUGUCAGGCUUACUUGACUGAAGAGUGCUCUCAACACCUGGACAAACCUGGCGCAGAAGAACUCUUCAGUGUAAAGCUCUGUUUAAGCCUACCUCUGUCACACAGUAACGUGGCUUCCAACUUUAUCUAAUGGAUUAUAAGAACUAGCACAUACAAUUCCUGGCUUGAAGAGUAUACUGUACUUGCGUGGAGUUAUCUUUCAUAUAAUUUUCUGUGCUUCCAUUAUAACUAAUGAGAUUAAUCAAGAAUUAAUCCUUGUAGAACUUCUCUAGCCUCUUCUUCCUUUGCCUGCAUAGCACACGUAGAAAUGCCGACCUUUCCUUUACAGCAAUACAAGCAUACAGUAUCUCUGAUUACAAUGGUGGAAUUAUGCCAGUGGGAUAUCUCCCUCUACAGAGAAGAUAAUUGUCAAUAACGGGAUGUCCAGUUUUGCAAUGUUCCAUGUACACUUUUCUUUGGAUCUCGCAGAUACUGGUCUGACUGAAAGAAAGUGAAACACGCUACAAAGAGAACUGCAGUGGGAUUUAUUUUUAUGUAAUCCUGUUCCAAUCUGGAAUAUUGUAUCACAAAGACUAAUGCUCCUGAGGAAAGAGUGAAAAGCUUUGGUCUGCUCAGAUUGUAUUCUACUAAAAUGCACCUCAGUUCAUGGGGCAAAACUCUCUGGGCAAAAGAGUUCAAGCAAGUGCCUUAAAUAGCCUUGAGUUGGUAGACCCUGGAGCUCCAGGGCACUGUGCAAAACAUUAGGAACUCAGAAGGAUUUCUAGUGGCAAACAGACAUGUAUUGUUAAAAUGAUUUUUGUAAUCCUGUACUUGUCAAACCCAGGGAAGGCCUUCACCCUACCAUUGUGUUCCUGCCUCUUACUUCCCUACGUAGUUAGCAACAGUUAAGCCACAGGAAAGAGCCUCUCUUUAAUGUUGAGCUGAAGCUUUUAUUUAAUGACCACCUUUAUAAAUACACUUAACCUACCAACAGGCCUGUUCGAAACAAUGAUUCUGUUAUUCCUAUUGUGUGCCUAUAACUCUUAUGGACAGUUUGAAUGACUAGAUGUUAACAGCUCAGUGAAUGCAACUGUGCUUGGCAACUAUUAGUGCUAUCAGGAAUGAAAAAAACACUGAUUCAGAUCAAAACUAUAUAGCCAGUCAGAAUAGCUAGCGUCCUGAAGAACGUAACCAAUCUGAAGAGGGGGCAUUUCAGCAUGCCUCUGGCAUUUAAACAAACCUUGCACCUCUUAACUCCUAUAUUAUAAAGCUCAACUAACUCUUAAAUUCUGAUCAGUGUCUGUGGUGGAAGGAAUAAAACAAAUGUCUUGAGUGAUGGAGGCAGAAGGAAGCAUUUAUUAAAUGUCUGGUAAAUAACCAUUUAGUCCAUAGACAGGACGCUUGGAGAAGUUUCCAGAGAAGCUGUUUCAGGUGACUACUUCCUUUCUGAUUGGGAGACUGUUAGGCAAAUAGCUAAAAAUUCUCAGGCUGUGAGUAAACAGGCUUGAAGAUCCUCGGAAACCAAGAGAAAACGGUUGCAGAAGAGACUUCAAAUAAAAAAAUCUUCAUAAGAUUUGAAUAGAAAGAAGUGGGACAUGUACACCAUCACUUUCACAAACUGCUGAAAUCCCAUUUCUGCACAUUUAUGCUACGGGAGGCUGUUCUCUUUUCCUUAUGAAUUUAAGUUAUCUAUUUACAGUUGCAUCAUUUUAUUUAUUACAUUAAGAUUGAAAAAAAUUCUAAUUAAAAAGAGAGCACUCCUCAUUCUAAACUCACUAGUAACCUAUUUCUUUAACAUAGUUUGAGCCAAGGGCUAAUUUUAGCAAUUUUUCUGCAAAGUGGUGUCUGAACUUUACUUGCCUGGAAAUCUGUCAUUAAUUGUAAUAAUAUUGAUCAUGUAAACAUCCAUAAAAAGGGAACUCCAGUUUUUUCAAAUAUAUCUAAUUAGGCAACAUGACAGAAGCAUUAAGAAUCUGCAGAGAUGGGAGUUUUAAAAUAAUAAACACAGACCUUCAUUAGAAAUGAAGAAAUCUACAGAUUGCUUCUUGGUGCAAUCUAUCUGUUUUGGUGGGUUUUGGUUUUGUUUGUUUGGGGUUUUUUGUUUUGGUUUUUGGGGUUUUUUUUUUGUUUGUUUUUUGGUGAGAGUCUGAAGUUUUACUUGGUGUUGAUGGUACACAAGUAUUAGAGUCAGAUCUAGAAAGAGGUAUGAGGCUCCAUAAAGAAAUUUCCUAGAGACACAUCUGCGCCUUUACAAAUAAAAUACUGUUCUUCUGACACAAUGAAAGGAUAUUCAAGAAAGGGAUGCAAGAAAUAAAACAAACUGAACCCUGGUACACAGUAACAGAAUGUUCAGAAAGGCGGAAACAACAAAUCUCUCCUUUUGCUAAUUGGAAGAAUGACUUAUGUAACCUUUCUGGAUAGAAAUAAUACACUUCGGUAUGGUUCCAACUCGUACUUCACCCUGAAAGGGCCAGUUCUGUUACACAUUGUAGAGCGCAAGCUUCUUGCUGUUUGACUUGAUUUUUUUGUUCUGUUUAAUAUAUCUAAAUGUACUCAAAAUGCCAAACAAUGUAUGGUGGAUUUAUUUUUACUGCAUUUAGUAUGUGCCUUGCAAAUGCCUGUGUUUUAGUAGGUCAGUGUUAUUCAUGUCCAUCUCUAUAAGAGAUGCACAUAACCAAAACAGCUUGGACAUGUUUCUGCAGAUUUGGUUCUGUUGCUGUCUGGAUAAUGUUAAGCGAAACACAUUCCACUGAAUGUAAAGAUGUCAGUAUCCAGUCAGGUGUGUAUCAGAUUUGUUUAAUGUUCAUGGUACAUCAGCGGCGAACUGAAUGAACAGUUGAAGCUUUUUCUUUACCUUCAAGUAGCAUCAAAGGAGGAAUAACUUAUUUUUUAAUAUUCAGGCAGGCGGUCUCCAGAAUUCUUUGAUGUCCAGAGUAACAAUAAAAAGGUGAUGUGAACCUUCAGAACCGAUGAGAUGCAACUGAUUGGGUUUUCAGGUAUUUAAUAUGUUUAACUGAAAACACUUAUCCGUUAGUUUUGGCCAUGUAACUCAAUGGACCUCAAAAUGACCUUUCAGUACAGCAAUACCUGCUAGAAAUUCCAAGCAGACGCUUCUAAUUGAAACUGGCGCCAUGGAGAGGCAACCCAGAAUGCUGUAUUAAUAAUUACAUGAUAUCCUGGUUAAAGAAUAAAAUGUCAUUCUUUGCCUUAUUUAUAUUAA